UCUUCUUUAAUAAAAAUACUAAUCUUCUUCGUACUUAAAAAAAGUAAAAAAAAGCUUAGAUUUAUAAUCGAUUAUAAAAAACUUAACGAAAUUAUUAAAAAAAAUUAUUAUUUAUUACCCCUUAUCGCAGAACUUAAGGAAAUAUUAUAUAAAGCUUAA